AUGCCCGAAUUGGCACCGAUUCUCCGUGAAGAUGUGUUACAAGCCCUGUCUGCGACCAACGGUGUCAUCACAGUCGGUGCAAUGCAGAACAUGAAAAAGGUCGAUAGCUUCAUAAAGGAGACUUUAAGAUUCUACACACUAUCACCCUCGUCCUUUAUGCGGAAAGUUCUGAAAACCUUCACCCUGUCCAGUGGCCAAGUGGUUCCCGCAGGCUCCGUCAUUGAACUAUCUGCCAUCGGCAUUUAUACCGAUGAAGACUACUUCCAAGAUGCAGAGAAGUUUGACGCUUUACGCUUCUACCGGAUGCGUCAAACAAAGGCGGAACAGCAAACAGGAUCUAAGAAGGCCGAAGUGGUCGCCAACUCCCAAGCCGUCAGCGUAGGCCUGACCAGCUUGACCUUUGGGUACGGACGCCACGCGUGUCCUGGCUGA